AUGGAAAAUCACAACAGCCAGCUUUUGGCUAGCUUGCAAGGCAGGUACUACGACGCUCUGACCUUGCCGAAUCAAGUACCAUUGCACACCUCUGAAUCAACAGCCAGCAUCUCGUUGGAGACUCCUACUAGUGGAUCUACAGCAGAGAGCAAUCAAGUCGAUACUUCGGUCGCCUCCUUGAAGAACUUCUUAAAGACUGCUAUCCAUUCGCUAAUUGCCAACCAACAAUCUCCAGCUGUUGUACAGCAUCAUCUUGCAGCUGACAAUAUCAUCUCCUGUGUGUUAUGGAAUGGUGAAAAUGGUGACGUCUUUAUCAGUGGUACCGAUGUCUUGAAGAUCGUUGAGUUCUUGCUUGUGAAGCUGGGGCGUCCUAUUCGUGAAGGUCAUUUGAAAAAGUGGGAAGAAGGGCUUUUCUCAGACUUGAGACAACUCAAAGUACCUACUGGUUGUAGUCUAGAGCAGCCUAGGUCUCGUUUGUUGCAAUAUUUAUUCCAGGCAGGCGCAAUAAGGACGCAAAAGAAACAGAAGGUCUUCAAGCUCCAAGCCGUGAAAAUCGAAAAACUUUUCUUGGAGGCCCUUCGUCGUGACUUGAAACGCGUUGAAAUGGGUCAACCAAGCACUACUGAAGUCAAGAAUGAAUCUACUACCGAAGCAAUCAAGAGAGCUCACGCUUUAUUGGCCAUCUCUCCACCGAGUCACGAAGAAGCUCUCCUCGUGGUUCGCACACCAGGUAUAGUAGACUCUCCAGCACAACCUACACCAUCAAAGAAGCAAAGCAACAAACGUCUACGUAAGUCUCACAAGACUCGCAAAAGUCGUGACGUGGACUCCGAUGAGUCUGAUAACGGAGGUUGGGAUAGUGAGGAUUCUGAAGACGUGGAGUCUUCUGAUGAAGAGUCGUUUGAUUGUAACAAUACUGGUUGUACCAAGUCUUUCUCGUCUGCUCAUGAGCUUCGAAAACACGUAAACAGAAAACAUAGCAAUGAAUCCAAGGACCGUGAAAACUCGUCAAACUACCAGACAUCUCCCUCCUUUGAGAUUUCUGGUCUCUUUGGUAGUCCCAUGGCUCCCCUCUCCACCAUAAUUCCAACGUCCAUGAUGCAAGGUGGCCCAUCAACAUACACCAUGUUCACUCCAUCCCAUCAAGGCAACAACAUGGUCUUCCCCCCACCAAUAUCAACAUAUAGCAACGGCCUACCAUUCUCCUUCAACCCGUUUGCCUUCACCAGUGAAUCAACAUUUGAUGCCACACCUUUCCUAUCUGUACAACACGGCAACGAAUUCUUGGCUCUUCCUCGUCGUGUAAGUGACGUACUGUCAUUCCCGAGACGCGAAAGUAUCAUGUCUCGUCGUCAAAGCUAUGGUGGUGGUGGGUUACUUCAUGAUGGGUCCAUGUUGUUGAGUCCGUCUCACAACUUGGAGCCCUUCCAUGAUUUCUUGCUUGAAGAGUACAUUGCAGGUGAUGAUUUUAUCAUUAGCCCGAAACGUCACUCUGCUCACUUCUGCAGGCCUUCUUAA